CCCCAGGGAGGGACACUCGGCCGGGCUUGUACACUUCACCACCGCUGGGACUUUCUCCAACUUCUUCAGCUUCUUCCAAAAACCCACCAUCGUCCCUCUAAAGCACCUUCUCUUCUCAGUCACGUCCACGUCUUAACAGCGAACAACUUUUUUUGGAGCGCUGAUUUUGUUUAUGAAGCGGCGGAACUUCUCUUUCGAAAGGAUCCCGGAUUUUAGGACCUCCGUCUGGAGGAGAUGGGAAUCGUGCUCGAGCAGCGAACAGGUUUCACAUGAUGGCCAAUCACUACUCGGCUGCGCGGAUUACACGUGAUUGUGGAUCGCGGUUGACCUGCCUGUCCGACCCCGAAGCGGACUGAAACACCAAACUUCAGCAGAGCACUUCUAUCAGUUUGGCAAACUUUCUGCAGAUCUCCGUUUUAAUCGACAUCGGACUGACUGGCGGUGCAGCGGAGCCCCGUGAGGCAGCACUGUGUUCAAAGAGAAGCUCAGUUCAGUGCUGAAGGAAACACGUUGACUUUCACGGUCCCUGUUCUUUGGAAUUACGAGCCCUUGGAAAUCUGCCGUGUUUGGAUACAAAUAAUACAGCUGGAAGGAGGAUCUACCGCGACAACCUGUUCCAUUCUGGAUUCCGUGGACGCCAAGUGGAUACGUACACCAACCAGAGCCCUGAGGAGUGGAAUAAUGUGAAGACACAGAGGGGUUUGAGUAGGACGAGAGGAGAUAGAAAGCAAGGAGGGAGAGGUGCAGAACUUUGGCUGCCUGCAGUCUGGAAUCUGGGCUGCCAGUCACUGCCGUUCUGGAGCUGAUUUGGAAGUCGUGAUUGAAGAAGUUCAUGCCAGUCUGCUCUGUUCAAGCCAAAGCAGAGUGGCUUCCCCACUGCUGAGUGUUUGAACGCUGGGAUCAAUGCACACUUCAGCAGCGUGUAUGCGCUCUUCUUCAUGCGCUCUGUGCUUGGCCUCCCCUGUGAGCGAUACAGGCUAGCCAACGCUAAUUAUCGAUUAAUUAGCCUUGAUGAUGUAUUGUGCAUGUGAUAUGGAGUGAUAUCACCUUUCUGAACCACAGUGCACGAUCUUCUUUAACUUUUAACCAUGAUCACUGCUUUUCCUGAGCUCCUACAAGAGUUGUCUCAGCAGUCGCCUCUCUUUGCCUUUUCUAAGUUUCUGGACCAUGCCAGGCCAGAGCAGUAGACUUGGUCUUGAUUCUUAAAGGACGAAGCCAAGGCACCCACUUGCGAUCACCUCAGAGACCCCCUCAGGAGAGCCGUGUGGAGCUUGCCGUUCGCCGUGUGGUCCGUGCAUUAUGCAGCCGGGCCAAUGAGGGUCUCCGGGCGGCGGCUGGCCGGGCUCUGGCCGUGGCUGCUGGCGGCCGCCCUGCAGGCGGCGUUGGGCAACGCGGGCCUAGAGCUGGCGGCGGCCGUGGAGGCGGAGCGCUCGGCGCCCCGCGCCCUCAUCAAGGUCACCAUGCUGAAGCAGGAGCCCACGGCCAGGCCCAUCACCCUGGAGGGCGUGUUCGCCGGCAGCAGCGCCGGAUACGCCGAGGGCAAACUCAUGCAGUCUCACCCGUUGUCUCUGUGUAACACCAGUGAGGAUGAGCGGCAGGAAAGCAUCUUCAUCAGCAUCGUUAAGCUGGAGAGUCCAGAGAGCAAAGUGCCACAGUGCCAGCCUCUGCUGGACAAGGCUCGGCUGGCUCUGCAGAGGGGGGCUCAGGCUGUCAUUUUUGAUAUCAGCGAUGAUGCCGGCGCUGCUCAUGAGCUGCGUGAUUCGGGCUCCCUCCCACGACCGGUGGUGCUGGUUAAGGCGGCAGAUGCCGAGGAGCUGAUGGGACUGGUCAACAAGAACGAGGAGGCCGUGGUGAAGAUUGAGAUCAUGGUGGAGACGCCAAAAUGGCCUCACUAUGAUGUGGGGAUCAUGCUGACCGUUGUGGUGGCCGUGCUGUUCAUCAUCAUGUUCUUCGCCUUUCGCUCUCGCUGCAGGUCCAACAGAACCUGGGACUCAGUGCAUCAGCAGACCAUGCGGGCCAUCAGCAGGCUGGAGACACGGACGUACAGCUCUCAGGGCUGCUCUCAGCGCUCCCGCGGGGGUCGGGGCUCCAACAGUAGCUCCAACUCUACCCCCGUCUGUGCCAUCUGCCUCGAGGAGUUCCUGGAUGGACAGGACCUGAGGAUCAUCUCAUGCGCGCAUGAGUUCCACAAAGAGUGUGUGGACCCCUGGCUGCUCCAGCAUCGGACCUGCCCGCUCUGCAUGCACAACAUUAUGGGUACAGAGCUGCCCACUCGUCAGCCUCAGCGAGGCCGUCUGCAGUCGCCUCCAGAGCACAGCCAGGCCUUCCUGCACCACCACCCGCACCACUACCCAGCGCCCCACUCUUACCCCCAGCACCCUAUUCCCUUCUCCCUACGGCCCCACUACCCACGUGGCCCAUCAGGGCCCUACCCCCAGCUGGGCCACUACAGCGGCUCUCCUCCCCUCCACCCUCGCAGCCUGCGCUGUCUGACCAGCAGACCUCUGGGCGCUAGCUGCAGUUAUCACCUUGCUCCAGACGGGCACCGCGGUCGUCCACACAGGACGUCUGGAGCGCACAGCUGCCGCGGCAUUGGACACCACUGCUCCGCCCCCCGUCGCUCCUGUCACCACUGCCCUUCCCCAAGCCGUGCACCUGGCAACCGGCCGCAUAACCCCACUAACCACCACCACCACCACCACCAUGGUGGCCACGGCGGUGGUGGCUCACAGAGUCGCCAGGAAAACGGCAGCUGCUCGGGUGCAAGCUACCGCACGGAACGCAGCGGCUACUUCCCUGACGGGCCGGCCAGUGACUCCAGCUCGGGCCCGUGCCACGGCUCCUCCAGCGACUCAGUGCUCAACUGCACCGAUGUCAGCCUGCAGGGCGUUUAUGGCAGUCGCUCCACCUUCCGCAGCUCGCUCAGCAGUGAGUACGACCCCUUCAUCUACUAUGGCCGGGACAGCAUGGAUGGCCCGAUAGCUGCUGCCAGGCCUCGCUCGCUGGACUCCGGGGUCAACCAGACGGGAAGUGGAGGAGGGUUCAGCCUUGAGGAACCGCAGCAGAAGGCUGUGUUCAGCCACGUGCACUACCACAGACACAGACACCACUAUUACGACGAGGCUGAGCCAGGACAAGGGCCAGGCCGGGGCUCUGAUGAGGAGCAGGGGAGUGCAGGAGCGGCAGCAGGUGGCUCAGGUAGUGCUCCCGCAAGUAAGGACUCACCGGGCAGCCAGGACUUGGGUCCUUACCCUUGCCACUGCCCCAAACUGGACACUGCAGACAAGCUGAGCCCUGGUGGUACGGAGGAUCGGGACUUAGGAUCUUCCUCCUCAGGCCCCUCUGUGCUUGUCUCUAGCUCUGCCCUCCCCUCUCCUGCCCCAGCCUGCUGCCACCAGGGCCCAGGAAGGCCACACCGCCGGAAGACCAUCAGCCGCAGUCUGGAGGCUUCCGCGGGACCCUUCCCUGCUGUGCACUUCCAUCAGAGCGUGGAUCUUCAGGACGACUGUAGCAUUCAUAUCCACUAUGGACAGGGCGCAGGGGGCUACUGCUGCCCCCCACCUCCGGACAUGGGCACUGCGCUGCUGCCUGUGCCUCUCAUCCUGGACUCAGGUGGCCUGGGUGAUUGGCCCUGCUGCAGCGGGGCGCAAAGGGUGUGGCAGAAGCGAGUGCAGCAGGCCCGCUCCGAGCCCCAGUUGCUGGGCCCUAGCACUCCUCUGGACAGACCCCUGUGCAGGGCCCAUCACAGCCCCGGGCAUGAGCUGCCCACGGACAUCUGUCUCUACUGCCAAACUGUUCGCAAUAAUCAGGGAUCAGAGGAAGAGUCUGGUGUUUGAGAACUCUCUCCAUCCCCAAAACCUCACGCUGCUACACAAGAGCCGAAAUGGACAAAACUUAUCGGCCUCUCUCUCUCCUUCUUUCUUCUUUUCACUCACUUGUUCACAGUCUUCUGAAUAAUUCCACAUCACCAGUCAAGCUUCAUUUCCCUUCAUUUUCUCAAUGUCCUUUUAAAGUCUGUAACUAAAGGGCUGACAGUUGUUGGAUUUGAGGAAUCGGUGGAAUCCGUCUGGUCCAGCGUUUCUGACCUCAAACUCAUUUCCGGCAGUCAGAAUUGUUGGUUAAAGGGGAAUUCCAUCAGUUUUUCAAGAUUUCUGCUUAAUUACAUCACUGUGAUCUAAACAAAGUCAUUCAGAGUGGUUUGAUGUGAAUUUAUUU